AUGCGCAUGCUCUUCCUCGUGCUCGCCGCGCGCUCGGGAGCCGGAGUGGCGGGGUCGGAGCUGCUGCAACGGCGCGAGUGGCCGCGAGGGGUCGUACUGGGGCUCUCCAGAGGGCGAGACCACUACGCGGUGCUCGCGGCGGCGCACGGGGCAGCUUUGAGCAGUGCAGCGCCUCAGCAGCGCCUUCAAGCAGUGCAGCGCAACGCCAGCUGCCUCUCUGGAGCUAUGCGGCGGCUGGCGGGCCUGUGCGAUGGCGCCGAUCCGUGGGCUCGGGACGCGCAGUCGGCUCGCGUGCCGGUUGCCGAGUCAGCCUGGCUGGCGAGAAGCGCCAAGGCCUUCCCUGCAUUCUGGGCGCUGCCCAGAAGAAUCGGGGGCUCACUUCUUUCUUGCUUUGUGCAGGACGCAGCCUUCGUGGCCGCGACGGAAGCAGGCGCGGCGUGGACGCCGCCGCAGAGCCUCUCCGAGGCCCAGCAGAGGGCCGGCGCCAGGCUCCACGCAAUGCCCUGGGUGCUUCAGCAGACGCCGACCGCAGGGGCGGCCAGCAGUGCCGGGCGCGCCCGGCUGCACGAGGGGCCGUCGUCGGAGGCCUCGGGCGAGCAGGCGGAGGCCGAGCAGGAGAAGCUGCGUGCGGAGGAGGAGCGGCGAGCGAAGGAGCGCCAGCGGCGCGAGGAGCGGCGGGCGGCGGACGCUCGGGAGCUGGCCCCGCUUCUCGGGGAGGAAUGGCGUGCCGAUCCAGUGCCGCCGCCCUCGCCCGAGGAGUUGGGCAAGGGAUCACCGUCGAUGAUGACGACAGAAUCGGACAGAGGAGACGAGACGGGGGCGGAGCCGCGGCUGAAAAAGGCCAGGAGAGGAGGUCGGGCCCCGCGCCCGUCGCACAACUAUCGGGAUGCGACCAGAAGGAAGGACCGAGAGGGGGGGGAAGACGUCCCGAUGUGA